GCCGUUGGAGACGGAGGCGCGGGUCCUUGUGUAUUACUUGUAUACACUGUGACACUGCCAAAGCCUCUUUGCUUUUCUUUGAUUCAUCCAUUCUCCAUUGACGACGACGAUUCAUGUUCACCGAAGGUCUCGAUGAGAGCGCGAUCCAAUGGAUCAACCAGGGAUCGCGACUACAACUCGAAGAAGAACCUUCUCCUCCUUCCAUCAUACGCUCUCCUCUUGUCGAAAAAAUCAGCUGCCAGAGAUUCCCAAGAUCCCCUCUUUCGACCACCGCCAACGCUCUCUCUUCCCCCAAUUUGCCUCCACUCAAGUUCCACUCCGCUCUCCUACAACCGCGCAACCUCGCUUUCGGCUUCGGCGAUGCCGACGACGACAGUGACCAAACCAUGGAGGACGCCUUCUCCGACGACGAAGUACUCUCCGCUCCCAACAACCUCCAUUUCUCCGACGAGGAACAGUUGUUCGGAUGCAAACCUAAACCCCCUAGUGGAAUUCUCAAGACAUGUUUGGCCAAUCAAAACCUUACCAUUCAGGUUCCCGGCAGUGUCAGAAGAUUCACCGAUGGAGGAGUGGGUUUCAAUAAGUGCGUUCAGAGGAAGCUCACCCCUACUCCUGGUGGUCCCGUUCGCAAUCUGAAUUGCACUCAUGACACUGUUGGAUUGGGUACUCCAAGUGCCCCUCCCAUCGUUGAUGCUGAUUUUCCUCUGGAGGGGGAUUCGGAAUGUUCACUCAGGAAUGAACCAAUUGAUCGGGGAUCUUGCCCUUCAAGGGAGUCUCUGGAUUAUGAUGGCACAAAGAGUGAGAGUUCAAUUGAACAAAGACCCAAUCUUGUUGCAAAACCCACUCAGACUGAGAUUGGGGAAAGACUGGACAGGACUUUCAUGGAUGACAUUGAAAGACAGACCCCUCAUUUACAGUAUUACAACACCAGCAGUUGCAAUAGUCAAAAUGCCUGGCAAACCCUUAUCACUUACGAUGCCUGCAUACGUUUAUGCCUACAAGCAUGGGCUAAAGGCUGCACUGAGGCCCCAGAAUUUUUAAAAGAUGAGUGCCUGGCUCUCCGAAGUGCCUUUGGAUUGCAUGAGUUCUUGUUGCACCCUCGUGGUUUCAAACCAGCUGAAGGCAAAAAUACAAGGAAUUCAGAACAACCAGUUCCCCUGAAGAUUAAGAAGGUUGUAGGGAAAAUAAGAGUGGAAGUGAAGAAACUUCGCAUUAUACCAAGACAAAAACUUAAGAUCACAAAGUCACAGCGAGGAUCAAUCUACAUGAAAACUGGGGUGGAAUAUGUCCGGCAUGUUUCAUCACUUGUGAAGACCGGCAUAAGUUCUAUGAAGUCGACUUCAUUCUCAUUGGCAUCAGAAGAACCACUGCAUUGUUUGAUCCAACUUAAGAGUACGACGGAAGAAAAUGAAUCAGAGCCAUGUUCUGCAAUUGCUUUGCGCCCUGGGAGUGGAGAUUACCACGAUUUUUUCCCGUUGAGCCAAGGGGAUGCAUUAAUUGUAGAAGUCCAAGAUUCAAAAAAGGCAAUCCAUGGUGAAGCCAGGAUUCCAAUUUCAUCCCUCAGUGAUAAUCCUAGUGACAGAAUUCGGUGGUGGCCAGUAUAUCACGAUGAACGUGAAUGUGUUGGCAAGAUCCAGCUCUCUAUUGGCAGUACAAUGACAAGCAAUGAGAACAAUCACAUUAAGAGUGCGGCUGUUGUGGAAACUCAAGCUUAUGAUUUACUAUUAGAGGGUGCCAUGCGUGCGCAACAUUUCCAUUCAAGAAACUUGCGGUUAAAUGGGCCUUGGAAAUGGUUGUUAGAUGCAUUUGCAGACUACUAUGGAGUUUCUAAUGCAUAUGCCAAGCUGAGAUAUCUAUGGCAUGUGAUGAAUGUGGCUACUCCAACCAAGGACUGCCUAGAGCUUGUGAAAGAGUUGCUUGAACCUCUAAUAAAGGCCAGAAGUGAGAGGAGUCUGACCAGGCAGGAGAGAAGUAUACUUUCAGACUGUGAAACUCAAAUUGAAAGUCUUCUAGCAACUGUUUUUGAGAAUUACAAAUCACUCGAUGAAAACUCGCCAACAGGUUUAACCGAUCAUUUUGGUCCAGCAUUUGAUUCUGCGGCUCCAGCUUUGGAUCCUGCUGUUCAAGUCUACACUAGUCUUCAUGAUAUUCUAUCUCUAGACGCUCAAACUAUUCUAAGAAACUAUCUUCAGACUGCUGCAAGAAAAAGGUGUAGAAAACACAUGAUGGAGACUGAUGAAUUCGUGUCAAGCACCUCUGAAGGUUACCUAAUGGAUACCAUUACCGUCUCAACAGCAUACCUGAAGAUGAAGAACCUUUGUGUUUCUAUAAGAAAUGAAAUUCAGGCAGAUAUAAAGAUCCACAACCAGUAUACAGUCCAUGGUCAGCAUAUAUUUCCUAGUUCAAUUGACCUGACAAACAUCACAGCUACAGUUUACAGCACAGAGCUGUGUAAAAGGCUGAGAGCUUUCCUUUCUGCAUUGCCACCAUCGAGUCCCCAGGCACAUGUAAAUGAACUUUUAGUUGCAACUGCAGAUUUUGAACGGGAUCUUGAGUUAUGGAAUAUAAGUGCUGUGCAGGGAGGUGUAGACUCCAGAAAUUUGUUCCACAACUAUAUCAUGGUGUGGAUACAGGAUAUGCAACUUAAUUUGCUUGAUUUAUGUAAAGCAGAAAAGGUGCCAUGGGCUGGAGUUACCACAAACCACUCGACCUCCCCAUUUGCUGAGGAAAUGUAUGAGAAAAUCAAAGAAAACCUUACCCAGUAUGAAGUAGUAAUCAACAGAUGGCCUCAAUACUCACUUUAUUUGGAAAAUGCUGUUGCAAACAUUGAAAGGGCAAUUGUGAAAUCCCUUGAGAAACAAUACAGCGAUAUCUUAACUCCUUUGAAAGAUAGCAUACCAAAGAGACUUCACUUGCAAGUUCAAAAGAUAGCAAGAAGACAAUCAGCUACUGUUCAUUCGGUUCCUCAUCAAUUGGGCAUAUUCUUGAACACCCUCAAGAGGAUUCUUGAUGUCCUGCAUUGUAGAGUGGAAGACAUCCUAAAUUCUUGGGCAUCCUGUCUACCUGUCAUGGGAGACAAGAAAACAUUGUUUGGGGAGCAAAUGAAUGCAAUCACUGUCCUCUUGAGAACCAAAUACAAAACUUAUUUGCAAGCAAUAAUAGGGAAUCUUGUCAACAAUAUGCAAGCUAAUCGGAACACUAGGCUGAAAAAGAUCCUUGAGGAAACAACAGAAACAGAUGGAGAAGCAGAAGUCCGUGAAAGAAUGCAGUUACUGAAUUCACAACUUAUUGACUUCAUCUCCAACCUACAUGAGGUCUUUACCAGCCAGAUAUUUAUUGCAGUAUGCCGUGGAUUAUGGGAUAGGAUGGGACAGAUUAUUCUGAAAUUUCUCGAAGGGAGGAAGGAAAACAGGAUAUGGUACAAUGGCUCUUCCUAUGCUGUAGGGAUACUGGAUGAUACCUUUGCUUCCCAGAUGCAACGAUUACGAGGAAAUGCGUUGCAAGAGAAGGACAUUGAGCCUCCUCGCUCAGUGAUUGAAGCUCGAUCAAUUCUUUGCAGAGACACGGCAAAUGCAAAUGAUCCGUCUAGUUACUUCUACAUUUAGUUUAUCUUUUGAUAUAUGUUACCAGAUAUCCCUGCUGUUGUCUCAAUAAUCAUCAAUUGUACAAUAUCAUCAUGUAAAGUAUAAAUGCGGUAACUUUUUUGGGGGGAUUCAUUUUAUUCUUUUGCGUGUAUAUGUAAUAAUGUGUACUCUUGUUCAGAUUUCAGAUGUUGAAUAAUGUGAUGGGGGGGACUUAUUCUUCAA